UAGAGGCAGCACAGUGGGGUAUCAGCUACAGCCAGCACUAGUCACUCCAACCAGUACUUGGGAACCCCAGUAACGUUGUCCAUUGUUUCUCACAUAAGCCAGGAUGCGCUACUCAGUACUCGCUUGGGCGGUCUCCAUGCUAUAUGUGUGGGGCGUCAGAAGCGAGGCUUCAACAGUCACUGUGGCCAAGAACACUGGUAAAGGUGGUGACGAUUGGCAGAUUCAACCCAAAGGGGGCAAUGAUUGGGAGAUUCAACCUAAGGGGGGCGAUGAUUGGCAGAUUCAACCAAAGCAAAGUAGUUUCGUGUCCUGUGGAGAGCACACCCUAGAACCCGGCACUUCGGUAGGGAUUCAGUCCAAGAACUUUCCCAACCAAUACCCCAACCGCCAUAAUUGUGUGUGGACCUUCAAGGCAUCAGCUUCAGACUCCACCAUCUCCAUCGACUGCGCCACAUUCAAUUUAAAGAAUUCCAGGAGGUGCAGGGGUGACGUUCUCCUCCUUGAAGACGGCAAUACAUUAAACAACAGAUUCUGCGGCAACCUUGGAACUCUCAGUGAAGGAGGCGACACUGACCUUUUGAAUAUUGUUUUCAAGACAAACAGAAGAGGAAAAGCUCAAGGUUUCUCCUGUGUUGUGUCCGCCUCUGGUAAGUUCCUCGGUGACUGGUAAAGUUCAGUAUAAACC